AUGAGCACCACUCAGUCUGAGAAGACCAUGAUGGGCUUGAUCGGCCUGUUUCACGAAUACACCGGGCGUGAUGACAUGAUUGACAAGCCGAGACUGCUGGAGAUGCUGAAGAAGAACUUCCCCAACUUCCUCAGCGCCUGCGACAAAAGGGGCAGAGAUCACUUGGCCAAUGUCUUUGAGAAUAAGGACAAGAAUAAGGAUGAUAAGAUUGAGUUUUCUGAGUGGCUGUCCUUGCUGGGGGACAUAGCCACGGACUACCACAAACACAGCCACGGAGCGGAGCUCUGUUCCGGGGACAGCCAGUGA